UACACUGACAUUCCGUUCCGUUGUUCUGUCAUGUUGGGCACAUUGAAAAGAUGCAUAUUCUCGACACCACAUUCACGUUCGAUGACCAAAGUCCUCAAUGUUAUUUCAGAAGCUGCACAUUAUAAAACUCCCGUACCUCAAAAAGUCGAGUUUCUCCCACCACCCCUUUAUGGAGGCAGAUACAUGGUGUCCCUUCUCGUUGGUAACGGAGUAGGGGGAGAACUCAUGAAAUGUGUGAAAGAUGUGGUUGAUGAAGGUCGUACCCCAAUAACAUUCGAAGAAAUAGCUGCUCCUAAAUGUGCAACAGACUGUGAUAAAGAUCUCCACCACAUCAAAACAUCCAUACGCAGAAAUCGCGUAGCUCUUAAGGGUUGUAUCGAGACAGAAGAUCAAGGAGCAGCGAAGAGUCAAUUCAAUCUGACCAUAAAAUCAGAGCUUGACCUUUACGUCUCUAUAGUUCACUGUAAACCCUACUCAGGGGUUAAAUGUUUGAAUCCGAAUCUCGACCUCAUCCUAGCAAGGCAAAACACAGAAGGCGAAUAUUUUUUGCUGGAACAUGAGACAGUUAAAGGCAAUGUCGAAUCACUUAAAUUCAUCACUAAGAAAAAGACUGAAAGAUAUGCAAAAUGGGCUCUACAUUAUGCUCGGGCAUGUCAUAGGCAUAAGGUGACAAUAGUGCACAAGAGAGAUGUUUAUCCAUUAUCUGAUGGUCUCUUUAUCGACACCAUCAAGGAACAAGCCAGGGAUUUUAAGGAUUUGAGAUUUGAUACAAUGAGGUUAUCCCAUUUUAUAGAGAGCCUCUUGAAAAGACCCCAAAUUCUGGAUUUCGUUAUGCUGCCGAACUUGUAUGGAUGCGCAGCUACUAACAUAGCUUGUGGUUUACUAGGAGGAGCCGGCCUAUUCUCGAAAAAAAGCUUUAGUGAUUACUAUGCGGUUUUUGAGCCUGCAGUUGGAUCUCUUGCAAAAGAAUUGGUUGGUAAGAACGUUGUGAACCCAGUAGCAAUGUUGAACGCCCUCAGGGAUAUGUUAGUUUAUCUAAAAAUAAAUAGGGACGCCACUGCCAUAGACUGCGCCAUCAGAAAAACUCUCAGUCGAGAUAAAAUACAUACUGCGGACAUUGGAGGCGAUAAGAAGACUUCAGAGUUUAUGGACAGAGUGACAGAUUACAUUAGAAAUUAUUUCUGUACCGAAUAUUGAAAUUGUCGGAUAAUUUAAGGAAGAAUGUAACUGAGGAAGGGAAAUAAGAUGGGGAUUAUGCAAAACGGGGCAACUGUCAAUUUAUUUUUGAUGGGAACAUGUUGUAGCACGAUUUGAGCUGCGGAUGAAAAUAAGGACACUUUACGAUCUCCAUUUACUGAAACGAGGAAAAAUUUUUUGAAUUUACAGCACAAAAAUUGUCCUUGCUAUUGAAACCCAUAGACCCAUAUUCUUUCGUAGUGAAGAAUUCGUCUGAAUUUCUCUGAUAAUUGUUAAAUGUGUUCCCUCAAAUAAAUACAAUCCUAUUGAUUCA